AUGUCUCAACAUCAAGAUGAUGAAUUUACAGAACAAGAUACCGUUCCGGAUUGCUCUUUAGAAUCCCUCUCCAUUGUCUUUAAUUAUGAUCAAUUAAUAAAAGAUCGGAGUAAGAUGCACAAAAUAACCAGAAAAUCAAACUCUAAAUUUAAUAAUAAUAAUAAUCGUGAUGAUCAUGAUGAUCGUGAUGAUAACAAUUCGAGUAAUGGAGAGAAUCAUUCUGAUGAAACGUACUAUGUUGGUGCUUCCAAUAAUUUUGUUCGUGUUUUUACGUUGAAUGGAAGAAAAUACUGGAUAGCCCAAGCCUUGUGUUAUCAUAGAGCACCCGAUAUGAAGAUUCACUUCUCUGUAAAGAGGAAGGAUGUCCCGAAGGCUUUUAAUGUGAUUGGAAAGUACUUUUUCGAGAGUGGUAUGAAAUUUGGAAUGAAAUCUAUAAUGAUUGAUGAAGAGACUGAGGUGAAGAGCAAGAAUUCUGGAAAGUUGGAUUUGAAUUGGAAUACGGAGGGUGGAAGAGAAGGUAAUGAUCGAUCAUUUACAUUGGAAUGGCCUGAUUCAAUGAGAGGUAGAGAGAUUACAGUGUAUAUUUACAGAUAUUUUCACAUGGAUCAAAUGAAAUCGGUUUGCGAGUAUGAUUGUAAUGAUCAUGAAUGGAUGAAGGAAUAUUCAAUUUUUGACAAGGGAGGAAAGUAUGAUUGUGAUCAAUUUACAGAACUCGAUUCGAAACCCUUCCAACAAUUUGAAUUGGUGCCAGAGAUGGAAGAACCUUUGAGAAUGUUUAGGAAAUGGAUUAGACACGUUGAAUACUUGUUGGAGAAGGAGAAUAUUGAACCAAAUGGAUGCGCAGAUGGUGAUUUACCACUCGGUGGAAAGUAUGCUUCAUUCAGAAAUGAAACAUUCAUUCCAAUAAUGAAUGCACACGUAGAAGAGCCAAUUUUGCAUAAUUCUACACAACAGAAGGAAGCUGUAACAUCUAAUAACGAUUCGAAAAGUGUUAAUGACAUGUUCUUUUAUCCUCCCAAUUUCACAGGAUGGAAUGCAGCCAACAAUCCACAAGCCAUUACAAUGUAUAACAAUCUCCAUCUAACAAGAAAUGCAUCUUGGGAUCAUUUCCUGGAUCAUCUUCCAUUAAUUUCCAUUGUACUAGCACCAAUAAUUAUUGGUCUAUUAUUCGCCAACCAGACUCCAUAA